CUCGUCCGCACGCGCCACACCCCUUCGCGCGGACAACGGAGAAGCGAGAAACGCACAGCCGAUGAGGCCUCUACGCGCCGUCGCUCUGCUCCUCCUCGCGGCGGCAGCAGCCGCGGCCGCCGCGACGCCGUGGGCGGGGAGCGGCCAGGAGCCCGGCUCCAUCAGCAAAGACGACUUCCCUGGGGACUUCAGCUUCGGGGCUAGCACAUCAGCUUAUCAGUGGGAAGGCGCGGCGGCGGAGGACGGCCGGACUCCCAGCGUCUGGGACACCUUCGCUCACGCUCACGCCCACGCCGUUACGCAAGAGCAGACGAUUUCCCUUUUUCUGUGGCGCUAGCACACGUUCGUGCCACUGUUCCAUCUGUAUCACCGCAUGCCGCUCCUUCUUCUGUGCUAUUACAGCAUGUGUAUCAUAUUCGCAUGUGCCGAUGUUCGCGCUCGAUUCUCUUGCACAAGAUAAAGUUAGUAUUAUGACGAGAUAUCACAGCUCGUUGCAAAUGAGGGUCGGGUCCAUGGUGGAAACCGAAAGAAGUGGAGCAUGUGGACUAUGCCUCAGUGCUUAUAAAUUCUGCAAUACAGGUGAUGACUCUGUAAAUGGUGAUGUGGCAGCUGACGGCUACCAUAAGUACAAGGAGGAUAUCAAAUUAAUGAAGGAGACCGGACUGGAUUCUUAUAGAUUCUCUAUCUCUUGGUCAAGGCUUAUUCCUAAAGGAAGAGGAGAAGUCAAUCCAAAAGGAGUAGGAUACUACAAUAAUCUCAUCAAUGAACUUCUUGAUCAUGGAAUUCAACCACAUGCAACGAUUUUCCAGUAUGAUCUUCCUCAAAUCCUUGAAGAUGAAUAUGGUGGAUGGUUGAAUCCCCAAAUAAUUGAUGAUUUCACAGCAUACGCAGAUGUGUGCUUUAGGGAAUUUGGGGAUAGGGUUACCAAUUGGACCACUCUAAAUGAACCUAACGCUUUAGUUUCGGUUGGCUAUGAUGCUGGUAUUGGGCCACCAGGGAGAUGUUCUAAACCAUUUGGAUUUGCUGACUGUUCCUGUGGGGACUCUGUAAACGAGCCAUACGUUGUAGCUCAUAAUUGCUUAUUGGCUCAUAGCUCAGCUGUGUCACUAUACAGAAGAAAGUAUCAGACAAAGCAACACGGACUUAUUGGCAUGAAUAUAUGUAUAAAUAACAUAUUACCUUAUACAAAUUCAACCGAAGAUAUAGCUGCAGCGAAAAGAGCACAAGCCUUCUACACAGGCUGGUUCUUGGAUCCUCUCUAUUAUGGAGACUACCCACUUGUGAUGAAGGAGAAUACUGGCUCCAAGUUGCCAAAAUUUUCUCGAAGCCAGUCUAAACAACUAAUCAAUUCUAUGGACUUUCUUGGCAUCAAUUACUACACAUUUUUGUACGUGAAGGAUGACCCGCAUCAUGCUCCUAGCAACAAAAGGAAUUUCAGGGCUGAUAUGGCUGCUAAAUCAAUAUUUUCAAGCAAUUCUACCAGUGGGUUCUAUGUGCCAGGUUAUGGUAUACACCAAGUGCUUGAAUAUUUGAAGCAAUUUUAUGGUAAUCCUCCAAUCUAUAUCCAUGAGAAUGGAUAUCCAAUGCAUCAAGAUGUGGUAUUUGAUGAUGGCCCUAGGGUGGAAUUCUUGAGUGAACAUCUUAAAAACCUUCUUAUUGCUGUCAGGAACGGUUCGAAUACUAGGGGCUACUUUGCCUGGUCGCUGAUGGAUUUAUAUGAACUACUUAGUGUCGGGGACACGUAUGGGCUGUAUUACGUGGAUUUCGCUGAUGAGGAUCUCAAGAGAUACCCAAGGAGCUCUGCGAUUUGGUACAAGGAUUUUCUCAAGGAGAGGCGCACGGAGAGAUUCUCCGACCAUUAGCUCUUGACCUCGAGAGUUCGCUAGCUGUUUUCCGUAACAUGCAAUGUUAAACUGCUCCGCCGUCAUUCCAAACACACAAAAAAGCGGCCCAAGUAGAUGCUUCCAGUCUGCUGUAUCCCGUUUUAAUUGUAUUACGCACGUCGAAUCAAUCUCUUUCUCUCCCAAAAGAAAGAACGGUAAGUUCCCAAAUGGAAA